GGUGCCCCCCGGUGCCCCGGAGCCCAUCCAUGGCCGGCCGAGCCCCCGCCUCCGCCCCCGCCGUGAGCCCUGCGCUGCGCUCCGCGCUCUUCGUGCUCAACCUCCUCGGCUGGGUGGUCUCGCUGGGGCUGGUGGCCGUGGGGCUCUACGCGCGGCUGCUGAAGCAGGCGGAGGCGGCGGUGGCGUGCCUGGCCCUGGACCCCGCGCUGCUGCUGCUGCUGCUCGGCGUCCUCGUCUUCCUCGUCACCUUCUGCGGCUGCGUCGGUGCCCUGCGGGAGAACAUCUGCCUGCUGCAGGCGUUCUCCAUCUGCCUGACCGUCAUCUUCCUCCUGCAGCUGGCAGCCGGCGCGCUGGGCUUCGUCUUCUCUGACGGGGCGCGCGGGAGGGUGAGCGAGGUGAUCAACGCGGCCAUCGUGCACUACCGGGACGACCCCGACCUGCAGAACCUCAUCGACUUUGGGCAGAAGGAGUUCCGCUGCUGCGGCGGCGUCUCCUACAGGGACUGGUCCCGGAACGUCUACUUCAACUGCUCCGCCGCCAACCCCAGCCGCGAGCGCUGCUCCGUGCCCUUCUCCUGCUGCCUGCACGACCCCGGCAAGGGCGUCAUCAACACCAUGUGCGGGCAGGGCGCGCAGGCCAGGAGCUACGCGGAGGCCAGCGCCUCCAUCCACCCGUCGGGCUGCAUCGCCGAGCUGGCCGGCUGGCUGCACCGCAACCUGGUGCUGCUGGGGGGCAUCGCCCUGGCGCUGGCCCUCCCCCAGCUGGUGGGCAUCGUGCUGGCCCGGGUGCUCCUCAGGCAGGUGAAGGACCAGGUCCAGCGGCACCACCGCGCCGAGCCCUGGCGCUGAGCCGCCGCGAGGCCACCGCUGCCACCGGUGUGUCCCCUGGGGAUGGGGAUGGGGACGGGGACGGUGGCGGCGGUGACGUUUGGUGGCUCCUCGGUCACCUGCGGGAAGAGCCGGUGGUGCUUGGAGAGAGGACGGAGCCACGUGGGGGGGGGAGGCUAGGGGAUGCUGGGAGACAUCUGGGGACAUCGGGGGACAAUUGGGGACACCGGGGAACACCUGGGGACAUCAGAGACAUUUGGGGACACCGGGGGAUGCUUGGGGACAUCAGGGGACACCUGGGGGACACUUGGGGAUGCCUGAGGACAUUGGGAGACACUGGGGGACAUUGGGGGGGGCCUGGGGACACCGGGGGAGGCCUGGGGACACUGGGGGACACUUGAGGACAUCGGGGAUGUUUGGGGACACCAGGGGAUG